AUGAGGGGGGAGAAUGUCACCACGGUCAGCACCUUUAUUCUGGUGGGCUUCCCCUCGGCACCCGGGAUGCAGUACGUGCUCUUCCUCAUCUUCCUGUUCAUUUACCUCUUUGUCCUGGUGGAGAACCUGGCCAUCAUCCUCACCAUCUGGAGCAGAACCUCCCUCCAUAGGCCCAUGUAUUACUUUCUGAGCUCCAUGUCAUCCUUGGAGAUAUGGUACAUGUCAAACAUCAUCCCCAAGAUGUUGGAUGGCUUCCUUCUUCAGCGGAAGCGCAUCUCCUUUGUGGGAUGCAUGACUCAGCUCUGCUUCUUCAGCUCCCUAGUUUGCACAGAGUGUGUGCUCCUGGCCUCCAUGGCCUAUGAUCGCUAUGUGGCUAUCUGCCAUCCCCUGCGCUACCAAGUCAUCAUGACCACAGGUCUCUGUGUCCAGCUGGUGGCCUUCUCCUUUGUGAGUGGCUUCACCAUCUCCAUGAUCAAGGUCUACUUUAUAUCCAGUGCUACAUUCUGUGGUUCCAAUGUCUUGAACCACUUUUUCUGUGACAUUUCGCCCAUCCUCAAACUGGCCUGCACAGAAUUCUUGACUGCGGAGCUGGUGGACUUCAUCCUGGCCUUCAUCAUCCUGGUGUUCCCACUGGUGGCCACCAUGCUCUCCUACGGACACAUCACCCUGGCUGUCUUUAGCAUUCCUUCAGCCACCGGCCGUUGGAGGGCCUUCUCCACCUGUGCCUCCCACCUCUCCGUCGUCACCAUCUUCUACAUGGCCAUGAUCUUCAUCUAUGUCCGACCCCAGGCCGUUGAUUCCCGGAGCUCCAACAAGCUCAUCUCUGCUGUUUACACUGUUCUCACUCCAGUAAUGAAUCCUUUGAUCUACUGUCUGAGGAACACAGAGUUUAAGGAUGCCUUGAAGAAGGUUUUGAGCUUUGGUCAAAAUUCAUUCUUUUCUACAUGGAUAUCAAAUUGA